AAAACAACCGACCUGUUGGAGGUAAUACAGUGUUUUCUCUGGCAGAUGACUGUAAGGGAGCUCAGCUGUACAGGUCAGUCUGAUCUUUGUCGAAGAGGAGAGACAGCGACAUUAACGAGGACAGUUGUCAUAGAGAUAUAAGAGAGCAAAGUGCCUUAUGUCCCUGCACGUUGAACCCCUUCAGUCUGAACAAGAGAAGAUGGAUCAUGGAUUGGCUGACUUUCCCAGUGGCCCGCUGGAUAUCUACAGGAAAAAAGCCUCUUUCAACUGGAAGGACAUGCUCUACUUCAUAGAAGGAGAGGAAAUUCUGGAAUUCAAGCAACGUGUGUUCAAGACACUUGAGAAUGACCCUGUAUUUGCACGGCAGCCCGGUGAAGAUGUCCCAAUCGAAAAAAUGAGAGAGCUGACGUUCCACAGGGUGAAGCAACUCUUCCGCUACAACUUCCUGACAGAAGAGGAGGUGAUGGCCAACCCCUGGAAGUCUGUGACUCUCAGUGAUUGUCUGGGCAUGUAUGACUGGAGUUUGGCUACCAAGUUCUUUCUCAACAAAGGGAUGUUUGGAGUGACUGUUGCCAGGACAGGGUCACAGAGACACAGUAAAUUUGUUGAAAACACUGAAAACAUGACGACAUAUGGAUGCUUUGCGCUGACUGAGCUGAGCCACGGCAGCAACACCAGAGCCAUGAGGACUACAGCAACAUAUGAUCCCUCCACUCAGGAGUUUGUGAUCAACUCUCCAGACUUUGAGGCUGCUAAGUUCUGGGUGGGCAACCUGGGUAAGACGGCGACCCACGCCAUAGUUUUCGCUCAGCUCUACACGCCUGACCAGGCAUGUCACGGCCUGCAUUCCUUCGUUGUGCCGGUGAGAGAUCCCAAGACCCUGCUAGCUCUGCCUGGUGUGCUGGUUGGAGACAUGGGCAAGAAGUUGGGCCAGAAUGGACUCGAUAAUGGGUUUGCUUUGUUUCAUAAUGUGAGGAUCCCUCGGGAGAAUCUGCUGAAUAAGACUGGAGAUGUUACUCCUGAUGGCCGCUAUGUUACACCAUUCAAGGACCCCAACAAGCGUUUCGGAGAGUCUCUGGGUGCCCUCUCAGGUGGCAGGUUGAACAUCACCAGGAUAUCUCAGAUCAAUCUGAAGCUGGCUCUGGUUAUCACCAUCCGCUUCUCAGCCACCAGGAGACAGUUUGGACCCAAAGACACAGAGGAGAUUCCUGUUUUAGAGUACCAGUUACAGCAAUGGCGUCUGAUCCCGUACCUGGCAGCAGCAUACGCUCUUGAACAUUUCUCCAAAACCAUCUUCAUGAACUUUGUUGAGCUCCAGAUUGGACAGAUGAUGAGGGAUAAGAGUGACAGACAAGCAGAGAUGGGCAGAGAGUUGCACGCCAUAAGCUGCUCCAGUAAAUCACUGGGCUCAUGGACUGCUCAGAGGGGGAUCCAGGAGUGCAGGGAGGCCUGUGGUGGACAUGGAUACCUGGCCAUGAACCGGCUGGGUGAUCUGCGUAAUGACAAUGACCCAAACUGCACAUAUGAAGGAGACAACAACGUCUUGUUGCAGCAGACCAGCAACUACCUUUUGAGCUUGCUCUGUGCUAAACACCUCGAUGGUGUGCGGAUUGAGUCUCCACUUCACACUGUGGAUUUCCUGGAUGAUUCCCACAAGAUCCUUAAAAGCAAGUUUGCAGCAACAACAGUGGAGGCGUGUAUGGACUCAGCAGUGCCGCUGGCUGCCUAUAAGUGGCUGGUGUGUUUCCUGCUGGAAGAGAGCCAUAAGAAGCUGGAACAGCAGAGAGCUGCGGGAAAGGAUGAGUUUGAGGCCCGUAACAACAGCCAGGUUUACUACUGCCGCUCCCUGGCCAUCGCCUACUUGGACCACUGCUGCCUCCAGAGGUUUCAUGAGCUGAUUACUGAUGAGCACACACCAGCUGGUCUCAGACCUGUACUCAGCAAGCUGUGUGCCCUGUACGGGCUGUGGAGCCUCAGCAGCCACACAGCCACACUUUACCAGGGUAAUUACUUGAGUGGAAGUAAGCCCGCAGAGUUGAUGCAGACGGCCAUUCUCACUCUCUGCUCUCAGCUGAAAGAUGAUGCAGUAGCAUUGGUGGAUGUUCUUGCACCUUCUGACUUCAUUCUUAACUCACCUAUUGGCAAAGCUGAUGGACAGCUUUACAAGAACCUGUGGUCGACAGUGAUGCAGGGCAGCCAGGUGCUGGAGCGGCCAUCCUGGUGGAAAGAGUUCUGCUCAGACAAGCCUGUGGUCGGAUCCCUCCAUCCGAAACUCUAAAACCCACUCUCAACUACAAGCUUGUAAUUCUAUGUGUAAUUCUAAGUGCAAUUUUAAAUGGAAUGUUCAUAUGUACACUACUUUUUUCCAAAACCCACUACAGUACAACACUGCACGUGUCAGUUAAGGCACAGCUUGAUAAUUAUUGUAAGAGUCCAAAAUUUUUGAGUUUGAAUGAUGCUGUGCUUAAGCCAAUCACAAUGGAGGGGGCGUGGCCAAGACAGUCAGGUGUCCCCAGGAAAUGUGAACCUACAGAAACAGCAAGCUCCACGUCCAUAGAGACCACUCCACCCAAAACGCCGUCUCGUCAAUGUGAAAAAAAAAAAUUCCAGCGGAUGUCUUAGUUAUAACAUGAUUGAGCAAACUGGAGUAGUUUCAUGUCGUAUCCGCCAACGGGAGGCUUUUAACAGAUGACGUCCUGAUGUUAGCUUGCUAACUGUCCCUGUCAGCUGUAGCCACUGCUGCUUUCUAGACAUAGGAUUUCCAGAUUGAAGUAGUAUUGACCAAUAGUGCUUUGGUAAACAGCCCGUGUGAGAGCAAAAGAGGCGGAACGCAUUGGCCAGAAUGCAUCCCAGAAUCCAUCAACUAUCGUCUGAUGACUAUUUAGCAUUUUAUAAAAAUGUAUCUGCAUUUAUAUGCAGAUAGCAUUCUGGUUGUAUUUUUGCAUCUCAAGUUGCUAAUCAGACUGUAAACAAUGACCGGUGCAUGUAAGAGGAAGUCUUGGCCUGGAUAUCUACUGGCUAAACUGGAACCCUUGAAAUAUUAACCAUUGCCCCCAGCUGUUAAAUUGUCAUCAAACCGAUAGCUGAUUGGUUCUGACAAUGGAAAGACCUCAAUACAGUCCACUGAUGCUGAUGGACACGCUUAGGAACACACCUAGAAACUUUGGACCUGCUCACUAGCACAUUGUCCAAACUCUGAUACUUUAAAAUAUUAUGACCACCACAUCAGAUAGGAUUCUGCGCUGGAUCUUCCAAAGCUGUCCAACUCAAAUUAAAUUGCAGGUUUUUCCUGCAACAGCAUUCCAUGAAUCUUCUAUUAAAAGCCUAGUCCCAAUUAAACGCCCAGUCCCUUUUACUAGCCCUGUGUGGCUACGCAUUUUGACAAAUAAAGGCCUGUCUCCAUUAGACGCCUGGUCUGGUUGCCAAGCAGGUCAGUUUUUAAAUAGAAGUUCUUUGCAUGUAUAAAACGAGGUUGUUGGCUACCUCACGUGUCCAUUACCCUCUAAGUUAUUCAUAUUCCUUUAGUCUGUAAGAGUCCUCAGAUCAAAAGUAUCAAAAGGGGUUUUCAUAAAACAAUAUUCACAGCUUGGAUUAAUUUUUAACAGGAUAAAGUGGUGUUGUGUCUGUAUGCUGGGUGCCGUAAUCCUCAAGUGCUGUAACUCUCUCUUUCUCUGAUGCACCAUCGCAGCUAGAUCAUUUUAAUGAUCUUUAAGUAAGAUAUUAUCCGAAGCCUAAUUUUUUACAAGUAAUAUUCAUACUGGUUUAAAUAAACAAUUUAAUGGUAUUUCCUGAUCUUUGUUGAACAACAGUUUUUUGUGAAAGGAAUUGAAGUCCUGUUCCAUAUAGAUGUCUGUCCCAAAUACAAGCCUGUUGAUUUCAGCAAAUAAUAGCACGGGCUAUUAAUUGAAGUUAUACGGUAGUUAUCUAUGUUGUGAAUUAUGUGUCAGUUCCUCAAAAUUUUGUAGUUUCUCUAUCUUCAGAAAACAAGAGAAUUUCUCUGCCACUCCAAUAUUCCAUUUUAAACUGUAUUAACAAAAAGAGGUAGUGCUCUGGCACUGUCUGUCAUUGGCUUACAUCGAGUCUAACAGCUGGGUAGCGACUGUGACAUAACACAAAAGAAGAUUUUUCAAUUUCUCUUGAAUGAGCCACUAAACAAACAACAGUUGCAGGUGACACCAUCAGCCAGCUUGAGUUGAGCUCAGACAGCAGGUUCACACCGCUGCAACUUUUCUCUGCAACAUUCCAAAAUGAUUCCUGGUGUGUUUCUUUGGUCUAAACUGGGCUUAAGUGAUGUCCAUCUUAUUCUUCAACACCACUGCUAACAAAACACUGUCUGGCCUUAGCUUGUAAGCUAAAGUUAGUGGCAUACUUGUAUUCAGAAAACUGAAUUGUGUGCUCCAAGAUGGCACUCUAUUCAACCUGAUGUAUUUUGAGUUACUAACCUGGCACAUGCAGCAAAAAAUAAUAAUGUCCAGCCACAGGCGUCCUGUGGGUAUUUCUGUCUGUUAUUUCUGAACAUGUCAAAAACAUACUGACCCUUACUGAAGACUGUGUACUGUGAUUGCCUCAACAAAUUAGAAACCUCAUAACUGAGUACACAUUGAAGUGUGAUUUUUAUAUUUCUUGUAUUUCAGAGUUGAUGAUUGAUGACUGUUAAUAAUUUAAUCUGUUGAGGAUGUACAGUUCCAUAUGACUCUGUAAAGAAUGAUCACAGUUCCUGUAGUACAGUGUUUUAAUAUAAACACAAUGCUAAUUAAAUCUGUUGACUAAUACAA